AUGUCGUUUCUGUCCUACGUUGCCUCGGGCAUCAGCUCGUUCGUCGUCGUGACACUUUCACUUUUCACCCUUGGCCAGAAGAUUCCCGGCGCAGCGUUCGUUGCUCGCUGCUUGGCCUCCUACGGUUCUCUUCUCCUAUGUGCCACUUACGGUGUAAUCGCUUCGAUUUUCUUGCGUCUGGUCGGCUACGGACGGGUGUCGCAAUGGGCCACCGCGCGCAGCUUCAAGUGGGUCAUGCGGUAUACAACCGGUGUACACUUUGACAUUGUUGAAGGCCAGGAGCAUCUCUCCACCCGACCAGCGGUCUUUAUCGGAAACCAUCAAUCGGAGCUAGAUGUCCUCAUGUUGGGUUCGAUCUUCCCCCCGUACUGCAGUGUUACGGCCAAAAAAUCGCUGCGCCAUGUGCCCGUCCUCGGUUGGUUCAUGUCUCUUUCUCGCACCGUUUUCAUCGACAGGGCCAAUCGCCAAACAGCCGUAAAGGCGUUUGACAGCGCUGCAGAGGAGAUGCGCCACCACCGUCAGAGUGUCUUCAUCUUCCCCGAGGGCACAAGAAGCUACUCGGACAAGCCGGGGCUGUUGCCGUUCAAGAAGGGUGCUUUCCAUCUCGCUGUGAAAGCCGGUGUGCCUAUUGUUCCUGUUGUUUCUGAGAAUUACUCUCAUGUUCUGUCUCCCCGGCACUGGAGGUUCAAUGCUGGCUCAAUCCAGGUCAAAGUUCUCCCUCCCAUCAGUACUGAGGGUUUGACUGCGGCUGAUGUCGAUGCUCUGACUCAGUCAGCUCGGGAAUCCAUGCUCAAGACUCUGCUCGAGAUGUCCGAGAAGAACGAAACCGAGGUUGACAACUCGCUUGCCAAUGGUACCUCUACUGCCGUUGAGAUCUGA